AUGACGUCACAGCGUACUUAGCAACCAUUUCCAGUGGUUUUAUUUUGGUACUUAGUUCAUGACUGGUUUUGUUGUGUUAUUUUUAGGCAUUUUGUGAUCGGCGAAUCAGCAGAGCAAAAUAAAGAUUCUUUUGCAAUUGAAUGUGUGAAUAAUCGGGAUUAAAAUGAAUUUGCUAUUGGUAUUUCUGCUGAUAUUGGCAGUGCGACUUGCUUCGGUGUUUAUAGUCCAAACCUAUUAUGUGCCGGAUGAAUAUUGGCAGAGCUUGGAAGUGGCUCAUAAAAUUACUUUCGGAUAUGGUUAUUUAACAUGGGAAUGGGUGCAAGGAAUACGCAGCUAUGUCUACCCCAUAUUAAUUGCUGGUGUUUACAAAUUAUUAGCUUUACUUAACUUAGAUACGGUGCAACUAUUGAUUAUAUCACCGCGCAUACUACAGGCCUUACUAUCGGCUUAUUCUGACUAUAGAUUUUUUGUAUGGUCUGGUAAAAGAAAAUGGGCGCUAUUUUUAGUACUUGUACCUUGGUUCUGGUUCUAUAUCGGUUCAAGAACAUUGUCCAAUACACUAGAAACAUCACUGACCACCAUAGCUUUGAGUUACUUUCCUUGGAGUGGCGAAAGCACCACCUAUUUAUGGUACGCCGCAAUUUGCUGUUUCUUAAGACCAACUUCAGCCAUUAUUUGGAUACCAUUGUGUAUUUAUCAUCUCAGAAAAAGUCGUUUGUCAGCAAGUGAACUCAUUUUCAAAAAUUUCUUGGUUGUUGGGUUACUAGUUGGAGCAGCUUGUGUGGCUAUCGAUACUUACUUGCAUGGCAGGGUUAUCAUUACACCAUAUGAAUUCUUCCGAUAUAAUAUUCUACACAAUGUUGGUAGUUUUUACGGCUCUCACCCGUGGUAUUGGUAUUUCACUGUUGGCCUACCAACCGUUUUGGGUAUUAAUACAAUACCAUUCAUUUUCGGCGUUAUUAGCACCGUUCGUCAUAAGAAGGACUAUCCUGUGCGUAAACAAUUACUUAUUGUCAUUUUGCUGUCGUUAGUUGUAUUGAGUACUAUUGAACACAAAGAGUUCCGCUUUAUUGCAUCGUUAUUACCUCUAUGUCUCUACAUCAUAGCUGAUACAUUGACACGAUGGAGUUAUAAAGCUUCCGGGAGUAUCCUUUGGUUUACAGCGUUGGUUAUAGUUAUUGGCAAUGCUCUGCCUGCAUGGUACUUAAGUACUGUUCACCAGAAAGGACACAUAGAUGUAAUGACACAUGUCCAUCAAAUUGCCCAUGAUUACCGCGAUGAAAACGAACAUCGUGCCAGCGUACUUUUCCUAAUGCCAUGCCAUUCUACACCGUAUUAUAGUCAUGUACAUGAAAAUAUUACCAUGCGGUUUCUAACUUGUGAGCCUAAUUUACAAAAUAAACCAGAUUACAUCGAUGAGGCCGAUCAAUUUUAUCGAUCACCAGUGCAUUGGCUACGUUCGCAUAUACCUUCAUAUCCACGUACUGCAAUGCCCUCGCACAUUGUGCUCUUUGAACCUUUAGCUCCGCUCAUAAAUGAAUUUCUAAUUAACUAUAAAAUUGUUCAUCGAAUCUUUAACGCUGAGGUGAACGAAAAUAUUGCUCCACAACAAAUACUAAAUGAAUGGUCAAGAGUGCUGAAAGACGAAGAUGUAAAUAUUGAAUCAUUACUUAAAAAUGUGCGAAAUCGUGUAGGUAAAAAUAUAUUGGUAUAUCAACGUCUACUCGCGGGAGAAGAAAACACAUACAAUAGAGAUGAGUUCAAGAUACCGCAAGGAUCACAAGUAAAGGAUGAUACGCCGAAUGUUGGCUCUGGUGAAGGAACUGAGAAGCAACACAAUAUGUUUAAUUGAAGAGCUAUCACAAUGCAAUUGAAUGCUUUCCAGUGACGGAGUACGCAAUCGUGAGUGCUUCGUUAUUCGGUACACUUAAGUGCCAACAAAACGUUUGCAUAUCUAUUGAUGCAAUAUAACAUUAAAUUCAAAUGAUAUUAUUUUUGUUUCUCAAAGAAACUUACAUAUAUCAGCUAAAUAGUGCAACAAUCAGGUUUGCUCAAAUGUUAAUAUAUACAUACAUAUAUACGUCUAUAUAUUUGUAAGUUUUAUUUUGUGUUAUUUAUUUCUUUGCAUAUAUUAACUAUCAAACUCCAAAAAUCUUGUCAAUGAAAAGUACAUGAGUACGUAUUUACAAUAAGUUGAAACCACCGGUAUAUAAAUGUAUGUACAUUUUUGCAUGUCCCAAACUAUCUGUCAGAAGUCUUUUAUAAUAAAAAAAAAUAGAUUAAUGUAGGAAUUAUAUUUUCAUAAAACUGGGAAACUGAAUUAUGAAAAUUUUACAAACAGAUGGAGAUUCUAGGAAUUAUAACAUUUUUAAAUAAAAUUUUACAUUUUAAAGAAAUAAUGUUUUAUUAAUUGUGUCAAUUUAAAUAUUCAACGAUUUAUUGCGAUGCUUUAAUAUCCGAAAGCGGUCGAAACCUUAAAACGAGUACAACUCAAUUGAUUAUAUUUAAAUAUACGUAAUCUAUACUUGGAUUCGGCACCAUUUUCAAGAAAAUCAAAGCUUAAUAAGUAUUUAACGAUUAUAAAAUAUUUAAUUUGAUACUUGACUGCCCCAUUAUCAACUUGCCAUAUGUUUCAAUUUAUUUUAAUUACCGAUCAGUUUUUUUUGACAAUUCAUGAUCAUUUCCAAAUUGCCCUGUGUUUUUCUGCAUAUGGUAUCUCUUAUUUCAAUAGUGCACCACUACUCACUUAUCGAAUUUACCAAAAUUUUAAUAUAAAAAGUGUCUAGUAUUAUUAAAUGAUUAUAGGUAUAUAAUUAAAAUAAAAUAAUUUUAUACAAACUCACGAAAAUGAAAUUUACUUUUUUUGCGUACUUUUUUCACACUUUUAUUCCAUUAAGGGGAUAAAAAAUUCCCGUUUUUCUUAUGUUACUAAAAAAUAACAUCCCUGGUUGCAUUUUACUUUGCUGCUGUAAGUCGGCACUGAUAUCACACACGAACGAACGAAAGAAAAAUUAAUUUGCUGCAAUCUGAUUAAUUUUUCCAAUUCUAUUGAUUUGAAAGGGUCAACAUCUUUAUAAAAGAUUCAAAUUAGUAAUGGCGGCUUCAGCGAGAUCACUACUAAAAC